UCCAACCGAGCACUGUGCCCAACAUUUGCCCGGGACGUUUUUUUUUUCUAUUUGCUUUCGUCUGUGUGCAUCGCCCGAUCGCCCCUUCGUUCCGUCGUAUUACCAGUGCCACUGUCGGAAGAGAGGAGGGGCCCGAUUACCUCCGGAAGUCGCUCAACUUUGCCUUCGAAGGAGCAGGUGGUAGACACAUGGCUCGGCUGCUGUGGAUCCUGGUGGUGGUGGCGCUGCACGAGUGCCAGGGAGCCCCGGGAGCGCGGGGAGGAGCAGCCACCAGCGACGAGGGGUCCCCAAGGGCAGGCCUGGAGUUUGGGCCCCUGCCCUACGCCCUGCGCUUCACCGGGGGUCAGCCGCAGCAGCAGCAGGGGCAGUUGGUGCUGGAGCCUCGGGAGGGUCGGAGCAGCGGCAUGGGCUCGUCGUUCAUCAGGUACGGGAGGGACAUAGCCGUGAGCCAGCCGCACACGCGCUCGGACAUAAUAAUAAGGUACGGGCGGGGCGGGGCGGGCAAGGAGGAGCUGCUGCUCAAGAGGGACGAGCUGAACAACCGGCUGGCGAGACUCAGGCAGGAGAGGAUGCAACGCUUGGCGAGGCUCGCCUUGGUCUGUGCCAACAAGAGCCAGGAGGACCUGGAGGCUCCGAGCUCGGCCGAGGACCGGAUCAUACGGGAGAUGUGCAGGGACGCCCCGCUCCACCCGACCGUGCCCGAUUUCGUCUAGUGGCCCCUUUGUGCUUUCACCCUCGCCGGUUUUUCUUUUCUUUUUCUAUUCCGCAAGUGUUGCGACGAAAAUGUUAUACUCAUCCGAGGGAGCUGAUGUUACACUCUAUCAAAGACUGACACCCAUCGAAUAAUCACCAUGUAUUGCAUAUUAUCUGCCUCUUACAUUAUACAUGACCAUUGAUGAGUUUUGCUGUAUCGGCUGUAGUUUGUUUUUUUUAUGCAUAUAAUCCAAAAUGCUACGUUACAUUGUACACGAAGAAGAAGGAGGAGGCUAUGUUGCCGUGUUCGAGACGAUUGGGGAAAAAAAGAAAAAAAAAAUGCACCGCAUGUAGGUACACUAUUUAUGUGUGUAUAUUAAUAAUAACG